CCAGUUUCAUCUUGGCUGCCGGCGACAGAGCUGAACCCAGCGGUUUGCUGGCUGCAGGGCAGGCGGUUGCGCUUAAUUCCAAAUGAAAAUGUUUGAGAGCAUUGACUCAGCAGCCACAAGAUCUGGCCUGGAUCUUUGGGCUGAAAUCUGUUCCUGUCUGCCAAAUCCUGACCAAGAGGAUGGUGCCAACAAUGCCUUCUCAGACUCUUUUAUGGAUUAUUUCCCUGUAGAUGAAGGCCAGAGGGAGGCCCCAGACUUUGCUGUCCAGACAGCUGUAAAGCCUUGGGCUCCUUUGCAGGAUUCAGAAGUGUAUUUAGCAUCUUUAGAGAAGAAACUGAGAAGAAUCAAAGGUUUAAAUCAGGAAGUAACUUCUAAAGACAUGCUCCGAACCCUGGCCCAAGCCAAGAAGGAAUGCUGGGAUCGGUUCCUCCAGGAGAAGCUAGCAUCAGAAUUCUUUGUGGAUGGACUUGACUCUGAUGAGAGCACCUUAGAACAUUUCAAGAGGUGGCUCCAGCCAGAUAAAGUAGCCAUCAGUACAGAAGAGGUCCAGUAUCUGAUUCCUCCAGAGUCACAGGUCGAGAAGCCAGAGGCCAGGGACCAGGCAGCAGCAGCGGAACAAUAAAUUCCACACACACUGAGCAGCUGUCUCGGGUCUGGAGGGAGCAGCGGUGAGCUCAGCAGCAGCAGCAGCAGCACGGUGAAAUCUAGGGAAGGAAAAAGCCCAACUUUUCCACUCCACAAAGCAAACAGCUGCAGGCCUCGAAGGACUUGCAUGGGGCCUGCCUGUGUGAUGACCUCGGAUAAAGGACUGACCCAGUGUGGGUUACGUCAAAACACUGCCUUCCUCUGUGUCUCACGGCUUGGCUGGGUUCUGCUCCUUUCGGGGAGAAGUCUGCUAAGAAUCUAGUGAAGGUCCAAGUGAGAAAGUAUUUGGAGAAAUGCAGCCCUUGUGUGUGGUGUGUAUAAAAGGGAGCCCUGUGUUUUCUUGCCUCUCCUGGAUGUUCCCCUCUCUGUCCCAGACAUUUCCUUGGUAAAUGGUGAGGGGCGAGUGGACCCAAGGAGAGUGAAGUCUGCGUGCUUGAUUCCAAGUCCCCUCUGGGGCUUCUCUAACAAGUCCAUCCGUAAGAAAUACAGGGACUUUAGAAAAAGAGCCUGUGCUCCCCCUUUGAUUUGUUCCAUGUGCGGGGAAAGUGACACAGGAAUUAUGAAAAUGUGGGUGUUUCCUUGUGGAUAUCUAUACAUUUUUGUAUUCCAUGCAUGGUUUCUUCCCCAACUUCCUCCUGCACUUAAUAGAUCCAGGUUCGAAAUCAGGCUUGUCAAUAUGGAGUUAGUAUUUGACACCACUCCUGAAUAGCUCCGAGCUUCUGUUGGUGGCGGCAUUCCUGGCUGAGCUUGUGUUUUCCUCGUUGUUUAUGUUGUUCUUAUUCAGUCUGUAUUGUCCCUAUAAAGCUUUUCUCAUCAGAAUAGCUGUGUGUGUGGUGCUAUUGACCUGAUUCCCACCAGAGAGAGGCUCCCAGGCAGGGAGCAGGUAAAGACAAAUGCAUGCCAUUACAGGGAGGCUGGUAACCCUUGCCGGCCUUCUGUUUUCAACACAUGCCCUAUGAGAGGCCAAUCCUCAGUGUCUGAGGGUAGGAUUCUGAGGCUAUGGCUCCGUGGAGCUUUUCCAAAUCACAAUUGCUGAGCAAGGAAGCUAUAAAAAUCUUCAGGGAAUACUUGCUCAUUUCUAAAUCAAGUAUUUACCUUGUUGGAAGGGAUGGGAACCAACUAGAUGAUUCCAUAUACUUGCUUAAUUAUAUGAAUAUAUGAAUAUUUUAGUAGUAAUUCCCAGGUAUCUAUUUUCCUUUUUUUUUUUUUUUCAAUGUUGUUAAUGUUGUUCAUACUGAUUUUUAUUAGUAGGAUAGCUUUGACAUAGUGGCCCUCUGUAUUCCCCAGCUACUUUGGAGAAGCCAGACCUUGACAACAUCUGGGCCUGCCCUGAGCUUAUAAGCUACUAUCUCUACUAGGGAUUCAGGUGCCAGACCUUAAUCUUCCUUUAGGACCAUCUGACGGAUAGAUGGAGGGUUUUAAAAAAAGAGAGACUAAGAAUUUUCUUCUCCUUGAAUGAUAAAAAAAAAUUAUGUUUCUUGAAAGAACAGCUUAAGAAAAAAUGCAUAAAGUUCCAAAACAUGCUCCCAAAGAACAGCUGGUCAUAGGAUGGUUCAAGACUGUCUCUGUACCAGAAAAGGUGUUCCUAUAAUUUAGGCAAGAUGCUAGCUUUGCCUUUCCCCUACCUCCCAUUUUCUAUAUAAGAAACAGAAUUUUGGGUAUGAAAAGGUAGGGAGUUAUUUAGAGGAAACUAAAAGAAUUGCAGUGCCAUGUGAAAGCCUGGAUGGGGUAUUGGAAGAAGGCCCCAGAUCUCUGCUUACAUUCUGGCUUAACUCUUUAAGUGAGACAGAUUUCCACAGAAGUGAGUCCAAUGAGUUGUAACUCUGGUUUCUUAAUUGGUUUAGAAAUGACAACUUGAGGAAUGGAUGACUUUUUAAAAAAGGUGAAACACCAUUUGCCUGAAACAAAUUUGAUGUUUUUCCUAAAGCUAACUUAUUGAUAAGAAUUUAACUUAGGCCAUGCAAGUAGGGCUGAAUUUGAAACCAAGAGUCUUGGGUGCUAUCUUUGUCUUGUGGCUCACUGUGUGGUCAUAAAUAAGUCAAAUGACCUCUUUGAGUUCCACCUCCCUUACAGAAAUUGGAUUAACCUUCAAAAGAAUAGUUUUGACCAAAACUGCUAAUCUGUUUCUAUUGACCCUAGAAACUCCCAAGGAACUUAAUUUAGGACUUCCUCAAAUCAAUACAGUUUAUGAGUUGAGAGGGCCUUGCCUAUCAUCCCUGACUUCCUUCCUUGUGUCCUUAGUGAGACAGAAAGUUAAGAGCAAAUGGAGCAAUAUUUAGUGCUAAACCUUGGAGCCUGGAAAAAGCAUUUACCAGGAGGGGCAAAGCAAUGAUGACUUGGUGUGCCCAGAGAAGGUUGGGCUGGAGCCAGGAGAUCAGUUAAGUGGUUGUCACUGUUCUUUCCCGGCACAUGCGCCCAUCACUCAGGGCUUGGCAAGAGCAGUGCUGGAAUGGCACAGGCUUGUGUUCAGUACUUGCUCCAGAAAUAGGCUUUGCAUGUAGGCACAGCAGGGAAACAAACAUCCCACCAGCCUUUGCCGAGCAUGUUCUUCACAGGCUUGCCUGCCCACAACCAGUACUAUCGCUGGAAGGGGCAUGACACCUUGGAGCCACAUCCAGACCCUGCCUUAGAGUGAGUGCUCAAGGCUGGGAGGAGCACCAGUCAAAUCAGUCAAUAUUUUCCCCCAAAUUCCAAACUAUCCCAACCAGCUUUGGCCCUACUUCAGUUACAAGAUUCAGCAGAGGGCGCUGCCAUAGCAGUCUUGGGUUUGUGGGCAAGCUGUUUGCUUGAGCCCUGAAAUGGGCUAUUUAAGACAUAGAUCCAUUUAUCCAACCAAUAUUUGUUGAACUCCUGCUGUGCUUCAGGCACUGUGCACAGUAGUGAAGAAAACAAAGCCACGUCUUCCCACAUGGGAUGGAUGAUAGAGGGAGAGAUACGGCCUAGCUAUUUAGUGCUAUAGGACCUAGGCAUAAGCACAGGGUGCUCUGAGCAUAAGGGUGCCAGUCUGGGUGAGGGAUAGACGAGAGGCUAUAUUAGAGAAGCUGAUUCCAGGAAAAUGAGUAGCAAACAGAGAACUAGGGAUAAGGCAUGGGGACAGAGAAGAGUCCUGGAUGAGGCCAUGCAUAAACAAAGGCUUAAGAGCAAAAGAAAGCUUGGAGACUAGAAAGUAGUCUGGUGUAGCUGUAGCAUAAAGGACAAAGGAGGAAGCAUCAAAAGGUGAGGUUGAGACCUCCCUGGUGGUGCAAGAGGUUAAGACCGCACAACCUAUGAAGCUAUCUGCAGCCACUGCAGCGCUAGUUUGAUCCCUGGCCAGGGAGGUGCCCCACAUGGUGCAGCAGACCUCUCCUGACUUGCCCGCUGCUACCCUCAGUCAAUCUGCCUGUUCUGUUCCCCACUCUGUCUCUGGUGAAUCCUUUCACCACCCCCCCCACCUCUGGCCUGUACCCCAGUUCUUGUAUGCAUAAAUAAAUAAAUCUUUAAAACAAAAAAAGUGAGGUUGCUGAUGGAUAAACAAGGCCAGGUGUGAUGGGCUUUAUAAAUCAUGCUAAGAAGUUUGCAAUUUAUUGAGGGCAACAUGGAGCAGAUGGGUCAUUUUAAGAGGGACAGUAACAGCUCAUAUUUGUAUCUAGAUAGAGGACAGAGCUACCAUGUACUUGACAUGAUUAAACUGACCAGGGUUCCACAAAUUAUUCAUACUUGGCAGUGAUAUGUUGACAUAAAACAAUGUAAUUGGAGAACUCGUGAUUUUCCUUCAUUUUUCAAGUUUGAUUUCUUUGACGUUAUUUUUUUCACUCUUAAAGAGUCAAUAGAAUUCGGUAUGGCAGAUUUUAUUUUCCAGUGGUGCCAUAUCAAUAAAUUACAUCCUACACUUUCAUCUUACAAUGUGAUGUGGACACUCCUUCAAUGUAUGUGCUAGGUCAAUAUCGCUCUCGAAACUGGGCCGACUCGCAUAACUGCCUUUCCUAAUAGAGUACAGCACAAAUAAUGUGACUUCAUGGGCCUGAUCAUAAAAACUUUCCACUGGUCUUUCUCUGUCUCUCCCUGCUCCUUGCUCAUUCUGACCUGACCUGGAAGAGGUCUGGCUGCUUUGAAGCCACCAUACUUGAGAGGUCAUGGAGAGAGGGAGGUAUUCACCUGAAUCCCCAGCUGUUUGAAUACUCCCACCAGAGGGAUCAGACACAUAGGCACACCACAGAGAGGAAGCCAGAUCAGUUCCAGAUCCCCAUAAUGAAGUGAACAUUACAAUAGUGUCACAGUUUUUUUGUUCCCCACUGCAUAUAAAAGUUAUGUUUCUACUAUUCUGUAGUCUAGCUUAGUGCAAUGGCAUGUCUAAACAAAAACAAUGUACAUACCUAAAUUUAAAAAUACUGCUAAAACAUGCUGUAGGGGAAGUGAAAAUUAUCAGGAUUUUUCACCCUCCCACCAUCAGCAUUGAUAUAUCCCUGGGGCCCUACAUGCAUGCCUGAUGGCGGGCACCUGGAGUAGAGUGUGGGCAUGCAUAGGUGGGCACACCUGGGCUGAGAGACUGGGCUUAUAAGGGUGGUGUCACGGGGAUGCCAGAACGUGAGUAGAAGAAACAGCAAUGGCAGCAGAAGCAGCAGCAGAGAAGAGGCCACGUGAGAACGCUAGAGAGCCCAAAAAGAGUGAAGAUUCACUGGGGGCUGGGAGGCCUGCCAGCCUCCUGGCCCCCCCAACCCCCAUGCUUGCCGUGUACCUGGGUGCCACACUACAAAUGGUGUAAAAAGCUCAAUAAA